CUUGCCUGCGAUAGCGCCAACUAGCUCGGAUUCAGCACCGAGGACACGUGAGGAUCGACUGCGAUGGCGCCAACUCGUUCCCACAGCCAGCUUGGAUUCAGCAGAGAGGACACACGCGGGGAUCGACCGCACCUGUGUAAUGCACGCUCCUGCCCAGCUUGCCUGGGAUUGCACCAACUCGUCCCCACAACUACCUUGAAUUCAGCAGCAAGGACACAAGCGGGGAUGCACUGCACUUGUGAGCAGGAGCUCUUCCAGGCACGCUUUGCAGGAGCAUGCCCGCACAAGAGAAAUAUAAGGGAAGGCAUGGGCAGUCAGCAGCAAGGGCACGCUCGUGAGUCGUGUGGCAUGCGUGUCCGUAUGAAAGCCAGUGCACGGGAGGUCAUCUGCAAGGUGGUGCACAGCGGAAGUCAGCGAGUUUCAUCCUCCUCGCCAUCGCCGUUCCUAUCAUCAUCGUCUAAGAAGUUGGUCGUGCUCGAAGAUGUUUUUCCUCUGAACAGUGCAUCUGUGAACCUUGAUUGUUCCCAAUCCAAUGAGUUGUGCACCAUCGGCGUGUCCAUGAGCAUUGAAGUGCCAGCCAACCAGCACGCAUCAGCGUAUUCCUCUGACGUGAGCGUCUCCCAGCUCAACAUCGUGCACUGGAUCAAGUACACUUAUCUUGUCUAUCGGUACUAGCUCAUCUCACGGAGAAAAUGGCAAGUUCGAGACGUAACACGGCUAGAGAGGAUGAUGAUGGUGUGGAAAUGGCGAAAGUCAUCACAAGAGCACUGGCUGUUCUUGAGCCUAUCCAUAGCGUAUUGCCACUAAGGUUUUCAGAGUUGGUGAGCAGAAUUGCAGCGGAAGCUGGAUGUUGCCCAUGGAUGGUUGUUGGCCCCAUCAUCUCGGUAGCUGGGCUUAUGAUGGGAUGUCGAACGUACACGCUUCUAUCCGACAAUACAUGGUUUGAAAAACCUAUUUUCUGGUCAGUUGUUCUCGCCUUCAGUGAAAUGAACAAGUCGUCAGCGCAUCAGAGAAUACUAGAUGCACUGAAUAGAGUUGAAUCUCGUAUUCAGGAGAUUGUUUCUGCGAAGACAACUCCACAGAACACUGCAACAAUGGUGGACAAGGAUGGAAAUCCACUGAACGAGAAGAAACUCGACUUCAACUUGACCGGGCUCUUCAGGCGCAUCUGGCUUAUCCACCACGAUGUUGAAAAUCAUGGUGUAGCAAGAAAGCACCAAUACUGGAUCGAGGACCGUGCAUUAGAAAACUUCAUACUUGAUUUGGCAGACUGGAAUGUGGCUGCAGCAAUGACUUUGCCAAAUGAGAAAGGACCGACACUGUUCCGCAAUUAUAGCCAAUUAUCAAGAUUUGAUGAAGAUGACGAUCAGGAUUUUGCAAAGGCUGCAGCUGAAGAAGAGGCUGCAGUUGAAAAAGAGGCAGUGGCUGAAGAAGAGGCUGCAAUUGCAGAAGAAGCUGCAGUGGAAGAAGAGGCUGCAACUGAAAAAGAGGCCAAUGAAGAGCAAUUUGAGGCAACAGACAUGCAUAACCCGACUUCCAAAAAAGUAUCUACAAGAACACAAGUUGCAAAUGAUGAGGAUGAGGACAUUGCUGAAGUUCGGCUGUUUCGGCGACGAAGAUCACUAGAAAAGCAGGUUGGAACUCAUGUCGAAAGUGUUGCAGAUCGUCGGGAGUCACAAGAAGAACGGUCAGCAGAAAACGAGUUUGAACCUGACGACCAUGAACUUCAAGACAAAAAUGUUGCAGAUGCUGAAGAUGUUCAACAGUCACAGCGAGAAGGAUCAACACAAAAUGAGCUUGAUGCUGAUGUCAAUGAAGACACAAAUAUUGCAGAUGCUCAACACCCUCAAGGCGAAGCAUCACAAGUGAACAAUGGGGAUGAAGUUAUCGUCGAAGACCUAAGGUCACAAAGUGGCUCACCAUCGGCAGAGAAGAAUGAUAUCCUUCGACACAGACGAACUUCCAAGGGAAGUCAAGCAACGACAUCGCAGCACAAGCAAACUUGACAAGUUCAACGACAUAAUGAACAACUCAAACAGAAGAAGACUGGUCGGGAGGCAAAGAAUAUGCCAGAGUUUAGUAGUGUUGAGGUUGAUAUGGUUGAAAGUCUUCGAGAGAACAGGAAAAGGAAGCAACCAGAUAUGGUUGAAAGUCUUCGAGAGAACAGGAAAAGGAAGCAACCAUCAACUUCGACUACAAGUGUCUCACGUUCAAGGCAGUCCCGAAGGAAGUAGAUGUAGAACUCAGACAAUGCAGUAAUCAUCAUUGACGUCUUUUCAAUGUACACGCGGCACUGGCAUAUAGGCAGAGCGGGCGAGUGAGCCAGGAUCUUGGCGACACAGACAGUCUGAAGCUGGACAACGACCCUAGCAUAAGGGGCGCAACUGUAUUACCUGGGCCCCAUCUGCAUUGGGCCUGGGCGCAGAUACUGGGACCUUGACGCAGGCUCAAGGUAGGCCGCUCACACGCGACACUGGCAUAUAGGCAGAGCGGGCGAGUGAGCUGGGAUCGUGGCCAUUGCGAGCAAGGCCGGCACGCUGCUGCAUUGCGAGAGCGGGUGCUGCGCUGCGCUAGGCUGGGAGGCGGCAGGAUGGCGCUAAGCGGUAGGGCGCAGCCUGGGUGCAGGGCGCUGACAGGCAUAGCCGGGCUGCAUGAGAGCGCUGGAGGAGGUGAGGGCGAAGGUGGUUCUUCAGAAGGUGAAGGGCGCUGUGUGGGAUAACAAGGGAGAGUGAGGGAGAAGAGAGAGGCGUACCUGGUGGAGAGGAGGUCAGCAUUGGUGUUGACAUCAUCACUCGUUGGUGGUCAAGUUGUCUGGUUGCUUCCAUGCUGUAGUUGUAGGAACAGGCUGUAGAGUAGAUAGGGCACCUGGCACCAUUCAACAGAGAGAGCUACAUUGGGUUAUGUUGUUGGUGUUGCCCGAUUAGGCAUGAACAUUGACUCACGAUUCUGCUGUAUCGUUCUCAAAUGGAUGGUUAUCUUGGUUCCAUUGUGCUAUCUGCUCUUGCUUUGACUACCUGGACUUAACCGUGAUUUGCAAUUUGGAUUUCAGUGCUUCAUCAACAUUCAUGUUCCUUGCAGUAUCGACAACAUGUACUUUCUUGUUAUAUUCUUUCCUGGUCUGCAAUCUUGCUGACCUUUUUGUCUGUUUCAAUAUAGUUUUUUAACAAUUUUUAAAGAUCCUUUAGAAUUGUUUUUUCCCUUUGUAUCUUCUCUGGCCCUUGCACGGGCAGGCCGCCCGGACGAACAAGGUGACCCAGGCGGCCCGGCUGGUAGCCUAGUUAAGUACUACAAUGGGUCAUCAAUAACAAAGAGGGGUUAUGGUA